UUCGUUUGCUGGCCAGUAUACAUGUACUUGUUCACAGCGAACACUCUGGUCAUAUAUCUGGUUCCUUAUCUAGACGUGGUGGAGUCCUCGACUUGUCAACUGCUAGGACAAAGAAUAUCUGGGGGCUUAGUUGUAAUCCAGAAAGUUAAGUCUACUGAUAAUCUAUGGUUUGAAAACAAACCACUGUCUGCUAAACCAGUGAGUACCCACUGUAGCGAGUGGGUUUGGACAGGGUCGUGUGGUGCGAAUUCUAUCGCACGGCUUAUAAAGUGUUUACAGUGUUUUAAUUAGAGAUUAUCAUUGGAUACUACUUAGUGCGAACACAAUAUAAUGUAAGACUAAUAGUAAUUCAUUUCACAAGGAGAACAGAAUAAUUUCCGAUAUGUCGACUUUCAGGGACUAGUUAUUGAAGCGAACAGAGAAUGGCUUACCAAAUUUAUAAGUUGCUGCUGUUGUUAACUGACCUUUACUACGUUAUGUCAGCAGCAGCCACUGGUCCUCUAUCGGAAACCCUAGAUGAUUAUAUCGAGAUUUACACCACGGUUUCUAGGAACACCAGACUGAUGGGGAAUAACCUCUCUGUCACCACUCGGAGUUUUUUACAGUGUGGUGUCACAUGCAGCAUUUCGGAGGAUUGUUCUGGUGUGAACUUCUGUAACAACACCUGUGAGCUUUUGUUCAGCAAAUCAACACUGGUUCCUUCAGGGAAGACAGAAUCGUGCUGGAUUAGCCUCAUCCUUCAACUACAGGAGACAGAAACGACGGGUUUGAGUUUAACCAGUGAAGAGGUUGUGCCUUCAACAACGCCUUUCAGCUGUCCGGCUACUUUUACGAAGAUUGGGAAUGGCUGCUACACAGUUGCGGAGGAAAAAACUGGACUUGCGUAUACGAAUGCCAUCGAAUUAUGUCAAGGUCUGAAUGCCUCACUGGCCUCGCUGGAAGCUCUGGAGGAAUUGAACAGCUUGCAGGAGUAUUUAACAAAUCUAUAUCCUCUGAUACAGUCAUCGGUUUCCAAAAGUUGGCUAAUUGGAGCGUACCAAAACAACUCCUCGGGUACAUUCUUCUGGUUGUCAGGUGCCAAAGUGGUCGGCGAUAUCUGGGCCCCCGAUGAGCCGGACAAGCCUGAACAACAAGACUGUGUGUCGCUGAGAGCCGAUGAGGGCUUUAAGUUGGUUAGCGUCUACUGUGGCGAGUACAAUCGCCAGUACAUUUGCGAGCUGUAGCAACUGAACCUACUUCAGUGUACCUCUGCCCUGAAUAA